GACGAAACCUAAUUAAUUAGCUAGCUACCACCAAUCUGAUCCUUUCUCCUCCGUCUCCGGCCGUCUUUAUAUAUCUAUCCAUCUAGCUACCGCCAUGGCGAGCGAGAACUACUGCGACUUGGACCGAGAUCUCCCGCUAAACGUACUCCGUGGCCGUUCCAGAAAACGACGACGAACGAUCCGUUCAGGAUUAGCAAACCAGCACCAGCUUCCUCCUCCCACGACCAUAAACAAACUCGGCGACGACCUCCUGGUAGAGAUUCUGAUCCGCGGCCUCCCAAACCCUAGAUCCGCUUGCUCCUCCAAACUCGUCUGCAAGCGGUGGAGCUCCCUCAUCUCCGGUCCCCGUUUCAACCGCCGUUUCGUUUCUCGCGGCCGGGAAACGAACCCGCCGAUGCCGGACGAUCCGUUGGAGCUGCUAGGGAUCAUCCGCGGCUUUCUCCCUCCCAUGCCUCAUGGAGUUGUAGACACUCUGAGAGUUUUGGACUGCAACAAGGACUUGGUUUUAUGCGGGUUUUGGGAUCUAGGUGAAGAUUACGAGAAGGACGAACGAAGCAGGUCGUACUUGGUCUGCAAUCCGUUUACGAAGCAGUGGAUCGCUCUUCCUUUAGCACCUAGGAAGCCUUGUCGCGGCAGUUAUCGGGAGCAAGCAGGGUUAGUUUGUGAACCCAGUAUUUCUCACAAGCUUGAUUUGGGAGAUGAUGAUGGCGAAGCGUUUGUUUAUUUCGAGUAUCGUUUUCGGGUGGUGCGUACAUACAUAGACGUUUUUGUUGGUUCAAAAAUAGACGUGUUUUGUUCGGAGACGGGAGAAUGGGCCAAGGAAGCUCUUGUUUGUCGUAACGAGUUUAUCCUUCAAUCCCUGGUUUCAUGCAACGAGGAGUUGUUUUGGGCGUAUGAUAAAGAUCCCGAUGUUCGUAAAUUUUGGGUGGCUAGGUUUAAUCCUUUCCGUCUUGAUAUGCCUCCCGCUUCUAUCGAUCCUCCUGCAUUAUUCUCCGUGGAAAGAAAGUGGUCCGUUUACGUCUCACAAGGUGCUUUGCACUUUUUGUUACUAGAAAACGAAACCAUACCCGUUCGUUUCACCGUGUGGAGACUCGAAGAAGAAGAAGGCGAUGAUCAGUACCGUUGGGGGAAACAGUUUGAGCGAUCGCUGAGCGAGACAUCAAAGUGCUGCGACUACGACAUCGUUGGGGAUGGCUGUCGUCCGCUUGGUCUACAUCCACACAAACCGGAAAUUGCCUUCUUUCGUUGCAACGCCGGCAAGAACAAGAAUGCGAUAUUGUGCUACGAUGAUUCGGCAAGGGAAGCAGAGCUGAAGGUCUUUGGCGAACUAGCAGGGUUACCGGACGGUCAUGGUCUCCGGGUGUUCCAGCCAAGAGUUUGUUGCUGGCCGACGCCGAUUCCAAGGUACAGGGAGCUGCAAGGCGUCUACGAUGGAAGCUAUAGCUUUUGGUUUCAGACUCAGAGCAAAGCAAAAACUCCCCCGCUCCCUCCGUUCCCUCAUCAAUUGGUAACGUGAUUAAUUGCCUUUCUUCAUUCUUUAGCUACUUGUCCUUAGUGAUGGCAAUUCAUUCUUUAGCUACUUGUCCUUAGCUACUUGUCCUUAGUGAUGGCAAUUCAUUCUUUAGCUACUUGUCCUUAGUGAUGGCAAUUAGGCAGGGGUCGGGCAGGUAUCUCAAUAUCCACUCGUCUCUGUACUAAGUGCGAGUCGGAUCAAGUAAUAUUCGCACGGGUACAGAACAGGAUGUGUGUCGAUUCAUUAUUAUAUUUUUUUUUUUGAAAAAUGAGCGUCGAUAUUUAACUCUUUUACAAGAAGUCGUAAAAAAAAUAUUUCAUAAAU